CGCGUCAUCCCGUUCAUCUUCAAUUGUCUUCUAGAGGAAUUCCACAUUCAGUCUUUGGAUUCAAUCCGAUUCUCGCUUUUGAUGACGCACUUCAGCUAAACAUUCAGGCCGUCUCGGAUCAUUCUUUUGGUCGCACAGCAUAUCCACCAGUGAUGCUGAUGCAACUGAAUAAACCCCGACUAAGGGGCAAAAGGAGGGGGCGAAUAGAAUCACACAUAAACGAAGAAUCAUCAUCCAUCACAACAAAACGAAAAGGAAGAAUAUGCAGUAAAGCUACAAAAUCAGCAGCGGCAGCAGUCCUCGUUGCAUCAUUCUUGGUCAUCAAUUCACCUGGAUCAGUGCAAGCAGCACCUUCACCUCUACAGUCAGAAUCUCUACGCAUUCGACAGAUAUCAGAACGCGGGUCGAGAUUUAUCGCUGAACCGUCUCUAUAUGAACGAGGCGGCAAUGUUGAUCGUGACGGCAAUCGAAUUGCCUCACUACGGCGUACGAGUGACGUAAAUUGGGGCGCAAUAAAUGAAAAGUCAAAUCCACUACUUUUCGUCGCACCAGAUAAUCCAAUUCAAUCUCCUCUACAGGAUAUCAAAAAGAGGCAAGACUUCUCAGAAGAACCAACGCCUUCAUUCUUAAAGCGUUCUGAUCCCUUCAAUGCAUCCACACGAACUUUCAAUGUUCCUGCUUCUUUCACAUCCAAUCUAGCCAAUGCCUGGAACCCGGGAAGUAGAUCCAUAUGGUUCCAACGAAAAGCAGUCAUUAUCACUUCGAUAUUCUUGGCCAUCUUUAUCGUGCUAAUUAUUGGAUGCACUGUGUUCCUGCGCGACAAAAGGGAUGAUGAAAUGGAUGAAGAGUACGACGUUAGCGAUGAAGCUGCUCUACAGAGAAUGCGCGAGGAAAGAGAGAUGCGAUUAGGAUCACGCGGAGAAAAGAAGAGUAAAAGGCGGAGGAAGAAGGAUGAUCAGUCAUCCAACAAAGAAGGAGGAGAUGGAGCAACUACUGCGAUUGUUGCUUCACGAUGGGCAAGGCUACCGACGCGAAAGAUUCGAUUACGCAAAAAGAAAUCUACUGGCUCAUCUACCGCUCAAAAUAACGACAAUAGGGCUUCCAUUGACCGUGAAAAUGAUGCCAACAGAACAUCCACAUCGUUGACGGGAGCCGAUACACAGGAUUCCAAUCCUGCGAGUGUGUCAAGUCAACAAGGCUCGCCUACAGCACAUGUCUCCGAUGGUCAGAUACCGAAUGAGCCACCUCCAUUGCUACCAGCGAUAGGAGAAGAUGAAAUAGCACCGGCAACCUCAUCAAUUGCAGGUGAAUCUUCACCCGGAUCGAAUCAAAAUGCAGGGCGCACUCGAUUGAACGCAGCCGAUUUAGAUUAUGCGGAAGAGGAAGAAGAGAGGAUGCGUCUAUCGGAUGCCCUUCCUCCAGCCUAUAUUCCAAGUCAUAAUCGCGGUCAAAGUGGCAGCAUUGCAGGACCAUCUUCGUCGUCAAAUGCAUUGCAUCCAACUGCAAACCGUCAAUUGGCGGGCCAGAGCGAGGAAGCUCUUGUUGCAGCGCGCGGCGACUCGAAGAGACCGAUGGACGCAAAUAGCGAAGGAAUGGCUGGCAGUUCAGAUAUGCAGUUGUCUGUAGAGAACGAGCCAAGUACGGCUGUUUCGACUUCGAGUCUUGGAUUGGAAGGACAUAUCGCUACAGAUGAUAAGAAUGUCUUAUCACGUAUGCGUGAAGCUGCAUCACAACCUGAUUCAUCUCCUCAUUACGUUCCUUCUGCGCCAGGAGGCUCAUCUUUGGGCAAUGCACAUGCUUCAGCGCCCGUGUUCAGUGAGGAAGAGGAGAUAAAUGAACAGCUUGCCCUUUCUGCCGGUGCACCGGAAAGUCAGAUUGUAAGCCAACAAGCGGAAGCUUCAUCGAUUUUACCAGCACCACCAGCACCUCACGUUCAAUCUUCAUUCUCGCAAUUCGAUUUGCCCUAUUCGACUCAUCGCGAAUCACAAAAAGCCCUGCCAAGUACAAGUGCAGGACCUAGCCGAGCAUCAGAAAAAGCAAAGGAAGCAGCCGAAGAAGAAAGACAGACUGCAGCUUUGCUCGCUAGUCGGCCGGACGAUGCCAGAAUGCUUCCUCAAUACGAACCGGCUGGGUCUAGUCUGCAACCAAGUGCGCCUGAAUGGGAUGAUGGAGUUGAUGCUGGAGCAAGUGUUCCCUCUGCUCCUUCUGCUCCGUCUGCCCCUUCAGCGCCGCCGCCUCCAGAAGAUGAUCAUGUGGCAUAAUAAUUCUUUCCGGAUACGUUUCACUAUCGCACAAUCAUUUUAGGAUAUUGUUUUUUUUUCCAUUCCUUCACUUUAUAAUAACGUAUUAAAAACACACAACUGUAUUUAUAGAAAGAUGAAUUAGUUCAUUGUACAACGUAUUGUUAUUGAUUUUGAGCAUCCACAUUGCUAUGAUUGUGAGAAUUGAAGGUCACUGUUGGGUUGUGAUUUAUACAGACAGACAAAAGAAAGC